AUGUCGUCCAAAGGCAUUGGUAAGAGGUUCGGCUUCAAAAGGUCGAACACCAAUCAAGAAGAGCCUAUCACGGUCAAUGAGAUCUCCAGACUUGACAGUCAGACCAAGGAUGCUGGCAGCAGCAGCAAACUCGGUCCCGACCAUGGAGUCGCGGAAGAGGUCAUCGUGGGUGAUGUUCGCGACAUCACUGAGGUAGAGGCCAACCGCCGCCUCAAGGCCUUUAAGAGAGACCAUAUGUGGGAUCCCAACAUGUCCGAUGAAGCCAUUGAGAUGGUCGAUGCCGCUACUGGUGCUCAUGACUUGAAGGGAGAGGCACAAUUGGUUGGCGCCAUGAUCGAAGACUCGCCCUAUCCUGAGCUGACAUUCUCAAAGGUCCGCGCUGUCGUGAGAAACUACGACGAGGAUGUGCCUGCAAACACUUUCAGAGCAUGGACUAUUGGUCUUGUCAUGACCACAGUAUGCUCGUCACUCAACGCUCUGUUCCUGCUGCGCUAUCCCAACAUCUCCAUCGGUCCUUACGUCGUACAACUUAUCUCCUAUCCUAUCGGUGUCGCUAUGGCGAAGUCUCUGCCUAACAAGGAGAUUGGGCUUUUCGGAGUGAGGUUCAACCUCAACCCAGGCCCCUUCAACGUCAAGGAACAUGUUAUCAUUGUUGCCAUGGCCAAUGCUUCGUUCGGAGGUGGCGCGGGAUACUUUGUCGACACCGUCGUAACGCUUAAGAAGUUCUACCACUUCAACACCAGCCAGUUCGGAUGGGGUUUUAACACUCUAUUUGCCUUGUCUACUCAGUGUCUGGGCUUUGGUCUCGCUGGAUCCGUCCGAAAAUUCCUUGUCGAGCCCGCCGCUAUGAUCUGGCCUGGUGCUUUGGUCAACGUGGGUUUCAUGUACGCCUUGCACGACCAUAGCAAGGCUGACCCCUCGACUACUAACGGCUGGUCCGUCAGUCGUUACAAGUGGUUCAUGAUCAUGAUGGUUGUCAUGUUCGUAUGGUCCUGGUUCCCUGACUUCAUCAUCCCUGCCUUCAGCUACUUUGCCUGGGUCACUUGGGCCAAGCCCAACAACGUCAUUGUCAACCAGCUCUUCGGUCAGCAGACUGGUGUCUCCUUGGGCUUCCCCUUCACCGGUUUCACUCUUGACUGGGCUCAGAUCAAUUCUUUCUAUAAUAGUCCUUUACUUGCUCCAUGGCACGCGCUCGCCAACACUGGUGUUGGUAUUAUCUUCUUCGGUUGGAUCGUCGUGCCUGCUCUGCAAUACAGCAACGUCUGGUACGGUGAAUAUCUGCCCAUCUCUCAGAACGGUAUCUUCGACAACACGGGAGCUACCUACAACAUCUCCAGAAUUCUCACGCCUGAGCAUGUUGUUGAUCCCGUCAAGUACGAGGCAUACUCGCCUCUGAUGCUUUCUACUGCCUUCGCCCUCACCUAUGGUAUGAGUUUCGCUAGUAUCGCUGCCCUUGUCAGCCACACAUAUCUCUUCCAUGGUCCCGAGAUCUGGCGCCGCUUGAAGUCCUCCAAGGGAGAGCUUGAUGAUGUACACAUGAAGAUUAUGCGCAAGUACAGGCUUGUGCCCACUUGGUGGUACCUUGCUCUGUUGGCUAUCAUGACCGCAUUUGCCUUCGUGUCGGCACUCGCAUACCCUACCAAGAUGGAGUGGUAUUCUGUCAUUCUUUCGCUCGUCAUUGCGACGGUCUUCACGAUUCCCAUUGGUAUGAUUCAGGCUUUCACCAACAUCCAACUCGGUCUCAAUGUUUUCACCGAAUUCAUCAUUGGUUACAUUCAGCCCGGCCACCCCAUCGCGAUGAUGAUGUUCAAGACUUUUGGAUACAUCGUCAUGACUCAGGCACUCUAUUUCUGUCAGGAUCUGAAGCUUGGUCACUACAUGCAUGUGCCUCAGCGAACCAUGUUCAUGGCUCAACUUGUGGCCACUGUUUGGUCUUGUCUCUGCCAGCUCGCUACUGUUGAGUGGGCCAUGGGUGCUAUCAAGAAUGUUUGCACCAAGGCUGCAUCAGGAGAUUUCACAUGCGCUUCCAUCAAGACCUUCUACAACGCAUCCGUGAUCUGGGGCGCCAUUGGACCCAAGCACAUAUUCUCUUCUGGUGCUAUUUACCAGGGCCUUCAAUACUUCUGGGUUGCCGGUUUCAUGGCUCCCAUCAUGGUUUACGGGCUCGCUCGCGUCUUCCCUAGAGUAUCGUUGAUUCGCAAGAUCUCCAUGCCUUUGAUCUUUGCCUGUUUUAGUUAUGUUCCUCCCUACUCGGCUAUGAACAUCCUUUCUUGGGCCCUUGUGGGGUGGGCGUUUAACAAGUUCAUCCGUAACAGAUACCGUGGCUGGUGGAUGGAGUACAACUACAUCACUUCUGCCGCCUGGGACGUUGGUCUUGCGCUCUGCGCCAUCAUUCUCUUCUUCUGCGUCCAGCUCCCAGGCAAGACCAUGCCUGACUACUGGGGUACUACCAUUGUCGGUAACACUUUGGAUGGUACCGGCGGUACCGCCAACGCCAGAAAGGUGGUCACUGGUGACGAGAUCUUCGGCCCUCCUGCUGGAUCUUGGAAGUGGUAA